AUGGCUCUUUUGAACUAUACAACUCCGUACUUAGCAACACCUAACCCUCCUCCAACGAAUUACUAUCAGCAACCUCAAACUUUUACACCUUACCAACCUCCCCAACAAGGCUAUUCCUAUCCCCAACCGCAAAAACCUUUUCUAUCAGAAGAAUAUCCUCCCUAUCGACAAAAUCCUCAAAAUCGAGGCCGUAUUCCUCUUCCUCAAGGCCGUAUCCCGCAAGGUCACUUGGUUCAAGGGUACGGUCAUGGUCAAAACCAGAAUCAGAACCAGAUUCCGAACCAGAAUCAGAAUCAUCCGCCAGGUUUUACCAAAGUGACAGACGAAGGGACUAAAACUAGAGUCCAUGCGGUGAUAGAUUAUGAUUACGAUGAUGAAGAUGAUGUGGAUGAUAAGAUUAAUGUUCCAGUGACGCCCAUACAAGGUCCUAUUUUUAUUAAAAAUGGGAGUAUUCCUGUUGUGCCUCUCUACUCGCAUCCGGUACUAAGUAACGGGACUUUUGUCCAAAUACCUAUAUUAUGGACAGCAUUAUCAGUAGCUUUAGGAUUAGAAUUAAAAGGUGAAUAUAUCCGUGGAGUUCCUUGCAUAAAGCGCAAUCAGCAAUUAUAUUGUCCAACUGCGGGAAAUUCAUAUCCAUUAGAUCGAAUAGAAUUAUUUAUAGACGAAAACAAAGCCCUGAUGAAGCGCAUGUACGGUGAAUUUGACAUGCCCGAUUACGAGGCGAAGACCGGCCCAGGCGCCAAGAGGAAGAAACGCUCCUCGAAACCGGGCGUGCCGGACCUGCACUUCGAUCCCGGACCCGAUCCCGUUAAAACCACGGAAAAACUCUUCGCGAAGAGCAGGAGUCCCAGGCAAAACUUUAGGAAUAACCAAAGCUCUGAAAGCGGCAGAAUAGACACGUGCGAGAGUAAAAUAGAAAUAGUAACUCCCUACUGGGCCUCGAACUCAGCGGGAAAAAUUCGUGCCAUAGUGAAUACUCAGCAUUUUGAGCAGGCCAUACAUCAAGAAGUAUGCGCGAGGCAAUCAACAAAACGGUGUACAAACGAUUGCGGCUGUGAACAAAAAUAUAAAUGGCACCGCCUCCUAGCUUACGAUCCAGAUAACGACUGCAAAGGAAUAUUCAUGGACUGGUUUCUGUUCCCUUCUUGCUGCGUCUGCAGGUGCGCCCCAUAA